UAAGCACGGCGCGCGCACUGCGCGGGCACUGCCGGGACCGGGCUCGGCGGGGCGGCGGAGCCUCCGCCAGGGGGCGCGCGGGAGCGCUGCCUCCGCUUCCGGCCGCCGCCGCGAUGCCGAUGAAGGGCCGCUUCCCGGUGCGCCGGACCCUGCAGUACCUCAGCCAGGGCGACGUCGUGUUCAAGAGCUCGGUGAAGGUGAUGACCGUGAACUACAACACGGCGGGAGAGCUGAGCGAAGGCGCGAGGAAGUUCGUGUUUUUCAACAUCCCCCAGAUCCAGUACAAGAACCCGUGGGUGCAGAUCAUGCUGUUCAGGAACAUGACUCCCUCGCCCUUCCUCCGGUUCUACCUGGACAAUGGAGAACAAGUUUUGGUUGAUGUGGAAGAUAAAACCAACAAAGAGAUAACAGAGCACGUUAAAAAAAUCUUGGGGAAAAGCAAAGAAAUGCUUGAAAAAGAAGAAAGAGAAAGGAAAAAACUAUCACAUCCAGCAACCUUUGGGCCCAAGAAGUAUCAUCUGCGAGAAUGCAUGUGUGAGAUUGAAGGCCAAGUUCCCUGCCCUGCUUUUGUACCACUGCCCAAAGAGAUGAGGGGAAAAUACAAAGCUGCUAUGAAAAAUGAGGCGUGAGCCUGACAUUUCAAGAUCUCAAGUCAUGCAAAUGUUUUUCCUCACGGCUGGACAAUGAAGGUGCUUCAGUGAGAGACAAGAGCCAGCAGUCCCUGGGAACAAACAAGUUCAUUCAAUACAGACAGCUCUGCCUCGGAAGCCUUCUUACAGCAACAACUAGAAUAAUUAAGUGAAAAAUAAAUAAAAGUUAAAACUGGUACAAAAAAA